AUGAACAACCACACCACUUCCUCUGUACCAGUUGUCGAGUACACCUGCGGUCACACCAAGGUUGCUGUGGACGAAUAUUAUCCUUGUGGUGCUUGUAUUGGCCGUGUUCUAAUGCCGGCGUGCUGCGUUGAUCUUAUUGCCGGUGCAACUGUCGCCCUGUUUCGUCGUCCUGAGCAUGCAAAGGAUUUUCAUAGUGUUGUUCGAGAUGUCAUGCGUGACAUCUAUCUUGCAGAUGUCAUCAAGAAUGGAGAAGAGGCCGAUGGAGAGCAUGCAGAGCAGCAAGACGAGGCUGGACAAGACGGCGAGGUUGUAUGCCCCCCGAAUUCCUCGCCCUCGCCCUUACCCUCGCCCUCGCCCUCACCCUUGGAUUCCGGUUGUAUGCCAACAUAUUGCAUUGACCUCAUAGCUAAUAAAGUUGUUGGAUUUCUUUAUCGUCCCGAGUACCUGGAACGCCUUCGUUGUGUUAUCCGUGAUGUAGUUUUUGAGCUCCACAACGCAGAAAAGAAUGGAGUAGAUACCAAACCGUAA